GUCCAGCCAUUCUUCCCGCCGUCGCAGCUCGUUUUUGGGAAGCGGGGCCAGAUUCACAUCUGAUGGAUUCACAUCCCUGCUGCAGAGCCACAGCACAGCACAGCACAACGCAACGCAGCGCAGCCACACUCAUUCACUCAGACUGCACUUCUCCGAGCUGCAUCGACCGCAUCUUCCUCUGCAGGUGCUCGGACGACACAUGGCAACGGCUCUUCUUUGAUCAAUCCAGCACCUUGACUCGUCGAUCCCGCCCACAAAUACCGGACUGCCAUGCCAUGCCGCCCGGAAGGUGACGCGACCCAUCUCGACCUCAUUGCUGUUCCAUAGACAGAUCUGCCAGCACACCAGCAAAGACGAUCUUCUCCACCUCACCCCCUUCACAUCCCAAAGGAUCAUUCCGCGGACUGGAGCACAACGCAGCCCAGCACAUCACACCGUUCCCACAUUUCAGCAUGCCUACAGCCGACGUCCUGUCCACCUCCUCCCCCUACCUGGGCCACGGAAAUGAUCCCACAGCGUUCAAGAAAGCAUACAAUCCAACACACCCAGGCGUCUUGGAGGUCCGGUUUGAAGAUGGAGACUUCCAAUCUCGCGCAGUAGCGAUGAAGAACUACAAGAAGGGAGAGACCAUUGCGGACAUGUCUGCUGCGACGCCCUCGGGCUCUGUGCGGUACUCUACAGUGCAGGUCACAGAAAAGGAUCACAUUGAGCUGAACAGCGACUUGGUCUUCUGUAAUCAUUCUUGCGAUCCUUCUGUCCGCUUCGACGUCUCAGCACCUGCGCCCCCCAACGCGUCCAAGCCAGGUUCAAGCUGGCGAAUCGUAGCCGAGAGGGACAUCAGGGAGGGAGAGGCGCUCACCUUCUUCUACCCUUCAACCGAGUGGGACAUGUCACAACCAUUCAAUUGCACUUGCGAUGGAGGAAGCAAAUGCCUUGGAUAUGUGCAAGGAGCAAAGCAUCUGGACUCUUCAAUCUUGCAGAAAUAUUUCCUGAAUGCUCACAUUCUGCGACUCAAGGUCGCUCAAUUGCGAGCGCAAAAGAAGGAUACGGAAGCUGAGGAGCUAGAGAGGUCAGCUAUCCUCUGCUAAGACAUCGCCGCCGAGGAGCGCGAUUGCUGCGUCACUUUGGCGCUCGGAAUAUUAAUCACAGUCGUAAGGAUCUCGUAUUUACAUGUUUUCGCAGCAUACAAAGAGUAGAAUCAUCGCAAUACAACAGCACUUCAACAGUCGAACAGCGAGCUACGGUGUGUCGAUGCAAAUUGGGCCAGCACCUGCUGUUGAAGGCCUAGCAAGCUGGCCUUUCAGGUGAAUAAGGCGCUGGCUGGGCCCUGCGCUGAAGCACUCCGCGGAAUGUUCCUAGC